CUUCCGCGUGCAUGGCCCUGCUGCCCCGGGCCCUGAGCGCGAGCGCCAGGCGGAGCUGGCCGCGGGCGGCGCAAGCUUUCCCCAGCUUCCCGCUGCCUCCGCCGCGGCGCACCCGCGCCCUCUCCCGCGCCAUGGCGUGUAGGCAGGAGCCGCAGCCGCAGCGCCCGCCGCCCGCCGCCGGCGUCGCGGCCUCUUACGACUACCUGGUGAUCGGGGGCGGCUCGGGCGGGCUGGCCAGCGCGCGCAGGGCGGCCGAGCUGGGCGCUAGGGCCGCCGUGGUGGAGAGCCACAAGCUGGGCGGCACAUGCGUGAAUGUUGGAUGUGUACCCAAAAAGGUAAUGUGGAACACAGCUGUCCACUCUGAAUUCAUGCACGAUCACGUUGAUUACGGCUUUCAAAGUUGUGAGAGUAAAUUCAAUUGGCGUGUCAUAAAGGAAAAGCGUGAUGCCUAUGUGAGCCGCCUGAAUACCAUCUAUCAAAAUAAUCUAACCAAGUCCCAUAUAGAAAUCAUCCAUGGUCACGCAGCGUUCACGUGUGAUCCCGAGCCCACAGUAGAGGUCAAUGGGAACAAAUACACUGCUCCUCACAUCCUGAUUGCCACAGGUGGUGUGCCCUCACGUCCUCAGGAGAGCCAGAUUCCCGGUGCUUGCCUAGGAAUAACCAGUGAUGGAUUUUUCCAGCUGGAAGAAUUGCCUGGCCGCAGUGUCAUUGUUGGUGCGGGCUACAUUGCUGUAGAGAUAGCUGGGAUUCUUUCCGCUCUGGGCUCAAAGACAUCACUAAUGAUACGGCAUGAUAAGGUACUUAGAAAUUUUGAUUCAAUUAUCAGUUCAAACUGCACUGAAGAGCUGGAGAAUUCUGGCAUAGAGGUCCUGAAGUACUCACAGGUCAAGGAAGUUAAAAAGACUUCCUCAGGCUUGGAAGUGUGCAUGAUUACUUCAGUUCCUGGUAGGAAACCCACCUUGACCACAAUUCCAGAUGUUGACUGCCUCCUAUGGGCCAUUGGGCGGGACCCAAACUCCAGUAGCCUGAAUUUAAACAAAGUGGGGAUUCAAACUGAUGACAAAGGUCAUAUCAUAGUAGAUGAAUUCCAGAAUACCAGCAUAAAAGGCAUCUAUGCAGUUGGGGACGUGUGUGGAAAAGCUCUUCUUACUCCAGUUGCCAUAGCUGCUGGCCGAAAACUUGCCCAUAGACUUUUUGAAUGCAAAGAAGAUUCCAAAUUAGACUAUGACAACAUCCCCACGGUCGUCUUCAGCCACCCCCCGAUUGGGACAGUGGGACUCACGGAAGAUGAGGCCAUUUAUAAAUAUGGAAAAGAAAAUGUGAAGACCUAUUCAACCACCUUUACCCCGAUGUAUCACGCCGUUACCAAAAGGAAAACAAAAUGUGUGAUGAAAAUGGUUUGUGCCACCGCAGAGGAAAAGGUGGUUGGGAUCCAUAUGCAAGGAAUCGGGUGUGAUGAAAUGCUGCAGGGUUUUGCUGUUGCAGUUAAAAUGGGAGCAACAAAAGCUGACUUUGACAACACGGUUGCUAUUCACCCUACCUCUUCAGAAGAACUGGUCACGCUUCGUUGAAAACCCAGAGACUUGUAUGGUGGGCAGCUGGACCAGGAGACCCAAAAAGAACCAAAUUACCAUGUUUACUUACCACCGUUCCCAUUUUAUGUAUUUCUUUAUUGUAAUCAGGAAAUUCUGAUAGUGGAAAUUUUCAGUGUGUAGUAGGACUUAUGUAAUUAGAAAGUUGUUUUGUCAUCCAGGGUUAAUUUUCAUUUGAUUGUACCUCACAGUAAUCAAUAUUUUAAAGUUUGGGGUUUUUUUUAAUUUUUUAUUGACAGCUCUGUGCUAGCUGGUUUUUUGUUUUGUUCUGUUUUGUUUUUGUUUGAGCCUCCUCCCAGCUAAAAAACUAUAUGAAGUACAGUUAAUUAAGGUGUUUGAAUGACUAUCGCUUGCUGAUUUUUAUAGAUGAAGAUGACAGCAGGUCUGCAUAUUGCAAAGCUGCUUCAACAAUGUGACCUUUCUCCAAAAGCGUGUGACAUGAGAGACCGCUUUCCUACUUUAUUUCUUUUGCUUUAAAUGAUUAAAAAUCAUGUUCCUUUUAUGAGGUGAAGUACAUCAAACUUGGGAAAGAUUUACACGAGUGAGGGACAUUUUGGCAGUGAUUUCUGCUUUCAGAAGGAGAGGAAUUAAAAGUCUCUUCCUCUGCUGAGAGUUCAUAGUUCAAUGAAUGAUUUCAAGUUUUUUAUGUGCUCUUGUCAUUUUUUUUUCCUGAGAACUAUUUCCAAAAAUCUGAAAAUAAAAUCUUAGCCUUGGGGCGCCUGGGUGGCUCAGUCGUUAAGCGUCUGCCUUCG